UGACCCAAUAAUCCGAUUCACCUUAUCUAGAUCUCUCUCAUUUUAUUGCAAGAAUAAUCUCAAGAAAUGGCCAAGAAAGAGAUGGAAGUGGUGAAGGGUUUGGACAUAGAAAAAUACAUGGGAAGAUGGUACGAAAUAGCUUCAUUUCCAUCGAGAUUUCAGCCCAAAAAUGGUGUAAAUACAAGAGCCACUUACACCCUGAAUCCUGAUGGCACUGUACAUGUUCUUAAUGAGACAUGGAGUGACGGAAAAAGAGGGUUCAUUGAAGGCACUGCAUAUAAGUCUGAUCCCAAUAGUGACGAGGCGAAACUCAAAGUCAAAUUCUAUGUGCCCCCUUUUUUGCCUAUAAUUCCUGUCACUGGGAAUUACUGGGUUUUGUAUAUUGAUGAGGAUUAUCGGUAUGUUUUGAUUGGCGAGCCCAGUAGGACGUCUCUUUGGAUCCUGUGCAGGCAGCCCCAACUUGACGAGGAGAUACACUACAUGCUUGUACAGAAGGCUAAAGAUGAAGGAUAUGAUGUGGAGAAACUCCACAAAACACCACAGUCUGAUCCUCCACCGAAGAGUGAAGAUGCCCCAGCCGACACCAAAGGGUUUUGGUGGAUUAAGUCCAUUUUCGGGAAGUGAUUUAAAUAUAAAAUGUGUGAAAAUAACGGAAAUAAAAGUGCAGUUUGUUAUAUCGACUAGUCUUGUUUGGUUGUAUUUGCCCUUUGAUCUUUGUAAAUUAUGUAAUUUUCAGUGUGUUUUGGAUUAUCAAUGAGAAGUCUGAAUGGGAAUUUUCAAUUCUCCUUGGGUUA